UCUGGCUUACACAGGAAAGUGAGGAGGACUCCCAAGAUCACAAAAUAUGGCGUGUUUCUGAAGAUUAUUAUACAUGCUCGUGGGUAGGGUAUUUAUGUCGUCCUGGUACAAAACCCUUUAUCUCUCAGAUUUGUCAUUAUUUUGAGAUACAGUAAUGCCAACCUGGAGGCCAAAUUCCAGAAGGGGUCGAUCAAAGGCGUAGUCGGCUGGAUCGCUUUCCUUUGUGUUGAUUGGCUGCUGAAGUCACGUGCAGAGAUUGUACACGCGGAAGUGUCCAGGAUGGAAAACACUUUCACAAACUGAACAUCGUCCCUAAAGUCUCAAACCAUGAAUAUUGUUGGCCAGUUGGCAGAGACCGUCUAUGUGACAGUCAAGGAGCUGUAUUGUGGGCUAAACCCUGCCACUCUCACCGGUGGGAUUGACGUCAUCGUAGUGCGACAACCAGAUGGGUCGUUCCAGUGUUCCCCGUUUCAUGUCCGCUUUGGCAAAAUGGGUGUGCUUCGCUCCAAGGAGAAAGUUGUGGACAUUGAAAUAAAUGGAGAAUCAGUGGACCUGCACAUGAAACUAGGGGAUAACGGUGAAGCUUUUUUCGUUGAAGAAAAUGAAAACUUGGAGGUUGAAGUUCCAGCCCAUCUCUGCACUUCCCCAAUUCCUCUUGACACCCCAGAAGACAUCGAGGAUACCACUGAUGCAUCCUCCCUUUCUGGUUCCGGCACCCGCAGGAAGAGGCGUCGUCGUAAACGCGUGCGCUCAGAUAGCUACCACAGAGAAGAGGGCAGCUCUUCUGCAGAUGAGCAAGAAAAAGAUAAGGACUGGGAUGGAGAUGGUAGCGGACAAGAUACUCUUAAUAAAGAUAAAGAGACUACACCAUUGAAAGUUAGUAAGUCCGUGUACUACUCACUGUCUGAGGAGCCAACUGAAGAGGAGCUGGCGCUCAAAGAUACUCAUCGAUACUCAGAUGGAGACCAAUCACCUGUAGAAAACACUGUGUUCGACAGCCGCCCAUCCUCUCCCAAGAGUGACUCUGAGCUUGUGGUUAAAAACCAUGAGUCUUCUGGGGUACUGAUGCAGUGGAACUGGGGAGGCUUUCCCAUGCCACGUCAAUCUGAAAGAUCAGCAGUGGAGUUCCAGCACUCUGAAUCUUCCCAUUUUCGCACCAUUCAGAGGCAAGACUCAUUUGACACAGGCAAUGACCCUGUGAACAUCUGUAGCAGAGUGGGUCGGGUUACUGUGGUUAGACCACAACCCAGGUCUCAGUCUCUAGACUUAAGUAACCACGCCUUACAAACGAUGCCUCUGAACAUUGAUCAACCCCUUAUCUUCAGUUCAACCCUUAGUGACCCGUCAACAUCAUUAACAGAGAAGGAUGACACUGAAGGGCUUGCCAAUGAAGAUGGUACAGUCAGUAUUGCCCAUGUUGCUGUCAUUAAUGAUGCAGCUGUUGGCCAAGCUCAUAACAACAGUCACCCAAUUAAAGAAAGCCAAGACACUUUGAUCAACACAACCGUUGCAAACAACGGAACCAUCAUUUGUGCAGAAUCCUCGAAUACACAGCAGACUAAGCACAGCCCAGAAGACAUCAAUGGUAGUGAUUUUGUCAGUGAAAGCGACGAUAGGAUAGAUCCCUGUGCCGAGAGAGGGGCGGAGGAUGAAGUGGUGGGCUCUGCUUCUCCAAAAGCUAAAGCCAAAGAGAAUGAGAUUAGCUGCACUGCUGCUGAGGAGUUGCCAAACUCCUCUGAAAUAACAACCAAGCAGGAGCAACAAGACAAAAACAAGGGCCGACGGAAUCAUCAUCUUGGACCAACAGGCAUUUACCUGGAUGAUCUGACUUCACUCGAUCCUGAGGUUGCAGCUCUCUACUUCCCGAAAAGUGAAACAGAGAGUUACUCCCCACCUGUCACAGAGCAAGGCUCUGGCUCAGCAAGUCAGUCACCGCAAUCUGUUGGUGCCUUGGACAGCGGUACUGAAUACCUGUCAGAUUCUGCCUCUUACGCCACAGAGGUCAGCAUGUCCCUCUGUGGACACGUGGGUGACACCAGCCACCUCACCAAAGAGAGGUUUUUAGACCAUUCUGUGUCAUACCAUGACUUUGUCAACAAUCCAGGAAUCAUUGAUGAUCCGAACCUAGUUAUAUGUAUCAACUCCAACUAUUAUAACUGGGCAGUGGCUGCUCCAAUGGUCUUGUCAAUGACAGCUUUCCAAAAGAAUUUACCCAAGAGUACAGUUGAGAGUCUAGUGAAAGACAAAAUGCCCAAAAGGUCUGGACGCUGGUGGUUCUCCUGGAGGAGACGAGACUUGGACAACAGCCAGCAAGAGCCUUCAAAAAAGGAUGGGGAGGAGGUACUGCAUGGGGAUCCCAGCACAGUCAGAACCACACUAGAGGAUGCGGGGAGUGAUGUGAUGGCAGCAGUUGCUCAAAAAGCCGCUAUUACCUCAAGCUUGUCAACAGACCCACUUCGUACUACUCAGUGUCUCACUCAGAUGUACCGCAAAUCACUUCGCCUGACAUCUGAACAGAUAGAGAACCUGCAUCUGCGUGAAGGAGCUAACAAGGUGAUAUUCAGUGUGACCACCCAAUACCAGGGUACCUGUCGCUGUGAGGUCGCCAUCUAUUUGUGGAACUGGGACGAUCGCAUCAUUAUAUCAGACAUAGACGGCACCAUAACAAAGUCUGAUGCUCUGGGACAUAUUCUUCCACAGUUUGGCAAAGACUGGACACACAAAGACAUUGCUAAACUUUACCACAGAAUUCACCAAAAUGGCUAUAAGUUCCUGUAUUGUUCUGCGCGGGCUAUAGGAAUGUCCGCCAUCACUAAGAAUUACCUGCAGUGGGUCAACGACAAAGGCACUGUUCUUCCUAAAGGCCCAGUACUGCUGGCCCCAAGCAGCCUCUUUUCUGCACUGCACAGGGAGGUGAUUGAGAAGAAGCCAGAGGUGUUUAAAAUUGCCUGUCUCAGCGACAUCAGAGACCUAUUCAACCCCAAGAGACAGCCUUUCUACGCAGCCUUUGGCAACAGGACCAAUGAUGCUUACGCCUACGCGCAGGUGGGAGUGCUAAACACCAGGAUAUUUACUGUCAAUCCAAAAGGAGAGCUGAUGCAAGAGAUGACCAAAGGAAACAAGUCCUCAUAUACCCACCUGGGUGAAUUAGUAGAGCAUUUCUUCCCAGAGGUUGACGACAGCGGCUCUUCUGCUUUUUUGUGUCCCGAGUUCAGCAGUGUCACCUAUUGGAAGGACCCACUGCCAGAACUGGACCUGAACACACUACUGUAGACACACCAUCCUUAUGCUCUGCAAACAAAACUAUUGUCUGCCUUAAUAUUUAUAUUUACAGCGUGUUGCAACACGUUUUCCGCAGCCGAUUAACUGCCUUUGAUUGAAUUCACUGUGGUGUUACUGAGAUGUUUUACAGCGAUGUUUUCCAUUAAUUGAUAGCUAAACCAAGUCAGUGCGUAAAGCAUUAAUUACACUACUCGAACUUACUCAUGCUCAAAUACAACGUUGCCGACAAUCAAUGCAUGGCUAAGUGUAAAUAUGCAAGUUACUGUUACUAUUGGCAUUGACAUUUGUAUUUGUGCAUGGCACCUAUAACAUUGUCACACAUAUCAGCUCAAAGCAUGGGCCGAAAAUCAUGCAAAUCCCAAAUUUGUAGCUACGAUUGCUUCUGUUUUGUGUUGUUUGAUUUUAUUUUUUUAAUUUGUCGUGGGAACAUCUGAAGCCCAGACCAGUGACGUAGUAAAGAGUCAAGAGUGUUCUCUAGUCUACGCAAAAAGUGUAUGUGGUUGGGAGAAUUUUAUUCAUACAUGCUUGGCCGUGGAGUUGUAUGUUUUGUGUUUUGGCAUCUACUAUAUAUAUAUCUAUAUAGAUAUAUAGAUAUAUAUAUAUAUUAUGAGCAUUUAUGUCUAUUCUGACUUAAUUGUUCUACUUUUGCCAAGGUACAAAGGAUUUGUAUACGAGAAUUCCUUGUUAAGUCUGCGCAUAUUGUAUAAUUCAGGAUUGCAGUGAUCCUGGAAAUGAUGAUAUAAAUGAUUUAAUAUAGAAUGACUGGUAUAGAAAGUUAACAAAUGAUACAUUUCACUUCUUCCUUCCUAGUUACUGCAUUACCACCUUCAGAAAUGUCCGUACACUGUGAAUGAGGGAGAUGCUUUUAAGUGACUUAUUAAAUCCUCUGACCCGAGAAGCGAUAUAAACUGUAAUGAUUUAUAAGAUUGUUUUUAUGAAACUUAUUUGUUGUUGUUGGGUACUUUUCAUGAUAAAUAAAAGUAGAAUUCAUUA